ACAUAUCGCGAGAGCACAUCCCAGGGUAUCGCGAGAACUGUUUAGGCGUUCUGGCUGCGGUUGCCGCGCCGGGGUGUCUUCCGCGGAAACUGACAUUGCGUUUCCGUUCUCGGCCUCCGGCUACAGUAUCACCUUCUUCCCCCAAGUGUGACAACCAAAGAUGUCUCCAGAUAUUGCCAGAUGUCCUCUUGGAAGCAAGAUCGCUCCGGGUUGAGAUCCACAGAGCUAAACGUUUUAGAGUACCAACCAUUGUGUGCUGUGAGGAGCCAUAUAUUGAAGACCAUGUCUGGGAGCUUCUACUUUGUAAUUGUUGGCCACCAUGAUAAUCCAGUUUUUGAAAUGGAGUUUUUGCCAGCUGGGAAGGCAGAAUCCAAAGACGACCAUCGUCAUCUGAACCAGUUCAUAGCGCAUGCUGCUCUCGACCUCGUAGAUGAGAACAUGUGGCUGUCGAACAACAUGUACUUGAAAACUGUGGACAAGUUCAAUGAGUGGUUUGUGUCAGCAUUUGUCACUGCGGGGCAUAUCCUUACCUUCUUAGUAAAGAUAACUAAACUUUGGGUUCACAAACCAGAAGAACAUGGAACAUAGAUGCCAGGCUCUGAGUCUGUAGACAUCACGGUCAGGUGAAAAUGUAACUUUCCAUUUAUGGGGCUACUUUUCUUUUUUUAGGGGGGAAAAUCAUUUUAAUAGCUAAUUUUAAAACUAAGUCUCAUACACAAAGUUUAUCUGGACCCUA